AUAUUUUUUUUAAUACUUUGUGAGGAAAAACUGUCAACCAUAUCCAAAGUGCAGGACCAAAGAGAAGUAAAUAAUGUAUGCUUUUGUUAGAUUCUUUGAAGACGAUAUGUGCUACGCGUUGCCCGUUUCCACUGUGGAAGACUUCAGACCUCUGCACAGAACAGAUUUUGAUAAUCAGAAGGUGUAUCUGGUUCACAGAACUGAAGAGAAUGGCAGCAGUGCAGGCCAGCCGUGCGAAGCGCAGAUCCUUGCCCUUGCAGAUACAGUAGAGGAAUUUGAAGACAGUAUAAUGCAAAAGAAGAUGAAAAUUCCCAAGAUGUCCAUCAAGAAUUCAGGAAACUCUAUUGAGAACAAUUUUGGAGAGGAGAGAAUGCCACUCAGACAUAAAAAGGCCCUGUCUCAGGACCACGGGCGCCCCCUUUCAAACUCCUCUAAGAGCCUGGCAGCCGUAGUGGCUCGCCUCGAGAGGAACGCAGCGAGCUCCUGUAUGGAGGGCGAGGAGGAUCUGGAUGAGGACCGGCUGGCUGAAGAGGGAGAGGAUGCAGACGACGAAGAUGAAGAUAUGGAGGCAGAGCAUCAGCCACAUCAUCACCAGCAGCAGCAGCAGCAGCAACCACAGCAGCAUUUGGAGGUGGACACGGAUUGUGUGACUGGUGUGGCUGCAGCAGUGGUUCCUCGAGUCCUGUACGAGGAGCUGGUUCACAGCUACAGGCAGCAGGAGGAGGAGAUGAGGAGGCUGCAGCAGGAGCUGGAGAGGACCCGCAGGCAGCUGGUGCAGCAGGCCAAGAAGCUGAAGGAAUAUGGCAGCUUGCUGACAGAAGUCAAAGAGCUGAGGGAUUUCAACAGGAGGCUGCAGGACGUACUACUCAUGAGGCUGGGCAGCGAGCCUAUGCAUGACAAUGGCACCCAGACAAUCAAGGCUGAAGUUGUUGAACCCAUUGUUGAGGCGCAGGAGGCGUGCAGAGAAGAAGCCAACACCAGCUCCAGCUACUCACCCUCACCCAGAACAGUGUACACCUGCAACGACGGGAAGGUACACCUGGGUGGAGGGAUCUGGGUGGAGGAGGAGAAGUGGCACCAGCUGCAGCGCACCCAGGGAGACUCCAAGUUCACAAAGAACCUGGCAGUCAUGAUCUGGGGCACGGAAACCCUCAAGAACCGUAGCGUCACUGGAGUGGCCACCAAGAAGAAGAAAGACGCGCUGCCCAAACCCCCGCUGUCGCCCAGCAAGCUGAAGAUUGUUAGAGAGUGUCUCUACGACCGAGUGUCUCAAGAGACCGCCGACAGUGCGGAGAUCACGCAACGAUUGUCCAAAGUGAACAAAUACAUUUGUGAAAAGAUCAUGGACAUCAACAAGUCCAUCAAGAACGAGGAGCGGCGGGAGUCCAAGCUGCUCAUCAGACAGACAGUCAAGAUGGAGAACUUCACCUACGAUGGCAUGUAGUGAUCAGCUGCUGUCACGCCAGCACCUUCAGCCCCCACCCCCCACUUAAGGAUACUGAGGGGACUUGAUCUGGGUGUCACAGUUUCAGGAGUUAUUUUUGUUUUACACGUUGGAUUGGUUAUUAUGAAACGUUUAAAAAACCCUUCAAAGCUACCGUCACGUUCACCGGGGCCCGGUUUUCAGACAGCUUUACCCAGCAGUGAGGAGUGUGUUGGGUCUGAGCUGGUGUGAGUGUUUUUAUAAGCUUUACAGUGGGAUUGGUACCGGGACAUGGUUUGUUAUCGUGUGUGCAUUUGUGUCAAAAAGGAGGGAUUAGAUGUAGCUGUUAAAUUGAUUUAUCGUUCUGUGUCAGAACAUAGCUUUGAGUCCUUAAACUUUUAAAAAGUAAGAGGUUAUUUCCCUGGAUAAAGUAUAUAUGUGACGAUGCUAGGAUAUUUUGGUGACUACUGACGGGAUGCUGGUGGUACUUACUGCAUAAAAUGGACCAUCAGGGUCUUAAAUGCACGAGUCUUAAUUGAAAACAGCCAUAUUGUAUUUUGCAACGGAGAUUCUGUUGCUCUGAGAGAUUCAUUAUAAGUAUGUGCGCCCCUGAACUGUAGGUCAGUUCAUUAAAAAGAGGACUUGCAGAGAUUAAACGGAUAGUCUGCAGUGAUAUAUUUGUUUUUUAUGUUUUAGGGUUUUGCAAUCAGUGAGGAAGGUGGGAUAUUGUCGUGUUAAUCUCACAAGUAACUUUGAGACGGUUUGACUGUUUAAUGAGUUGUAGUGGUACAGGCACGUGGAUGCCUAAGAAAAGGCCUUAAAUGGAUUUGGCAAUCACCGGGGGCUGGUGUGCCUCUGGGUUUUUGUAGUAAGCUGUGAUUGUAAAUGUAUAGCUGAAGCGACGAAGCUUCACCUGCACUUUGCUGUGAGAAUGUGAGAGGCGGCUACUAGGUACUAUUUACUGUGUGAUUCACACCGUUAAGUUGAGCUGCGCCGGGCCUCCCCUUAAAGACGAGGGAGGGGGCAGAAUCAGGGCACGGUUCAUCUCGACGUGGAAGCAGUGUGGGUAAAGCUGUCUGAAAAACUAUGUGAAGGCGUCUGGGCCUGCUGAACCCCAUAAUAACCCCCUCUUUUUAUAGCCACUGGGGAACAAAGUUAACGUUGCUCCAGUGACACUUUCCGACAGAACUUUGAAAAUGUCCUCGUAUUUUCUUUUCUCUCUCCACUUUGUUUUAUUGUUUUGGAUCCAAAAUGGUUUGUGAGGCUGUCGGCAGGCUGGAACUAAACGCUGCAGAUUGAAAUCUCAACUGUGACCCAUCUGUGGCUAACUGUGAAUCUGCUGCAGAGCUGCCCAUCAAGCCUUUCUCCUCCUCAUACUCUACACUCUCGUCCGUAGGUUUGUUUCCGUCUUAUCAUUUUGUCUGUCUCUCUUUUUUUCAAGAUCAGCCUUUUUGUUAAGCUACCUUGUUGGUUCUGGAGGUAUUUUAGUGUACAUAUUUUUGGGAUAUUUCAGUUUCUAAUCAUCUUACAUGUUACAGUUUUUAAAGUUCAUGUUUCGGUUUCUCUGAUUGAUGUUGUUAUUCAUGUUACCUGAUGUUCUUUUUUUAUAUAUUAUUUUCCAUAUGAAUUGUUGGCUUUAAGCUUGAUGUUGUAUCCAAAUGUAGAUCAGUGGAAUCUACAAAUGAAAAUAUAUAUAUAUAUCUUAGCCAAAGUGAUCUCUGUGGAGCGAGAGAGACCAGGCUUCCCUUAAAGAGCCCGUACGUUAAGCUACAUUCGAUAUUUAAUAACCUCCUUAAUGAUCUGCCACAGAUAGAUGAGAAUUGAUAUGGUUAAACCAUUGUACUCAAUGAGAUUCAGUAGUUAGAUCUUACAUUGAUGCACUUUAAACUUUUGGGCAAUUUCUCGCGUAUUAUCUCGUAUGGUUAUUCGUCCUUUUUUCUAAAGAGAUCAAGUCUAACAAUCAUUGUAUUAUCAUGAAGCACCUUAGAGCAUUUUGGUUUUAUGGAUUUUAUGGAAAGAAAGACGUAUGAGCGAUAUAACCCCGAUAUACCAAUGCUUCAAAACUAAAGUAACUUCUACUACUUCUUCUCAAUACUUAGUUACUGGAAGAUUUAGUCGGGGUGUUUAGAAAACCAGAUUUCCACAAGUCAAACGGUUGAAACUGGAUUUUUUUUUAAACCCCCCCCAAUCACAGCGUCCUGAACAAUAAACGACUUACUUGACAAAAUUGAGAGGCAAAAGUCAAAGAUAUUAACCUAUGAAAUGUGCAAGCUGACUGGACUAUGUGCUUUAACUUAAUGUGUGAACAUGCUGGUGUUGCAUAGAUAUGACUUGUAUAGAGAUAAUUGUGUAUUUUUUACAAAUGAGUGGUGAUUGUAAGCCAAAGUAUUGAAUGCUGAGAUCAAGCUAAAGAAGGGGGGGGGAUGCUGACUGAGGAAUCAGCAAAGGUUUGCACAAAAGAUGGCCCAUGCCAAGGUAAUAGAGCCUAGUGAAUCUUAAGACACCAAAUUGGUGACAUUAUCUUUUUUGUUCCUAAAAAAACAACUCUUUCUUGUUUUUUCGUUCCCUGUACAAAGCAACGUGAGGUUUAUGUGCGCUUGCGUGUAUUUGAAAUACAUGCGGUUUAAAAAGAAAAGAUUUCUGCUGUGCAAAGCAACCGUGCUGAAGUUCUGACACAUUGUGUUGUGAUUGUGUUUGUUUCUUUGUUGUUUGAUGCCAAAAGGGGGUGCGGUUUAAUAUAAUGCUUUAAGAUGGAGCAUUAAUAGAGCUUUUACAUCAUCUGAAAUGUUAACUUCUGUUCAAAGGCUGGUUUCCUGGAGCGCGAUUAAGCCCUAAUCCUUUAACUAAAACCAUCUUUCGUGGAUGAAAGCCGUAUGGACGUACUGUGUGUUUUUAACCCAGAUUUGGUUUAAUCUGUGAUGGCGAGGCCAAUCUCUAUCACUUGCAGAGGAGCCGUUUGGGUUGUAGCAGCAUAUUUAGUAACAUACACCAGUACACAACCUGGCAGAGACUUUCAAGGACGUAUAGGCUCUGAGACACAACACACAACACCUUCCAGUACUCUCACUGUCACACUCAAGUAGCGAUAGGAUAGGAAAUGUAACCUCGCUGGCUCUGUGAUCCUCUUCCUGUGCCACCUCUCGUUCCUUACUCUCCUGUCAUUUAUACAGACUGAAUUUUAAAAACGCACAUGUAUCGAGAUAAUCGCGAAAAAAAAUCCUGUCCUCAUCUCUUGGUGUUUUGGCUUAUGUUGUGAACACUUGUCAAAAGCUUCAGAAGCUUUAUGUCGCUUUUUAAAAUCGGGGGAAUAAGAAACCUCACGGUGUGGGACAAGAUAAACGGCGUAAUUUAGCAGUUCUCACAACUAAGUACACAAAACACAUCACCGUUUGAGCCUCAGAUACAAUGUCAAACUUAGUCUAAAGUGAGAAAAACACACAUUGUCAGGCCUAUAUUUUUCUUAAGGUAUCAGUAACUUUGUAUACAAUCCACAAACCGGUUCUACUUCAUCUAACUUCACCGUCCUACCUCAUUGUUACUCUGGUGUUUGUUUGUCAGUGACUGUAAACUUUGUGUGUAUAUUAAAAAAAAGAAAAUAGGAAUAGCUAUACCUGGUUACUCUCAACAUGUACAGCAUAUAAAACACCUCAGUACACAAUAUCAUUCUUAGGAGAAAUCAGUUUUAUUACCUGCUUUAAGAUGCUGCUGUGAAGGGGUGUCUGCGCGACGGGUCGUCUCCGAUAUAUAUCUUCGCUCUUUGCUAUGUCGUGCAGUUGAUCAGUGGUUGUGUUCUGUCUCUGUAUUGCAUUCUGAGAUUUUUACUGGUUGACGGUGCUACCAGCAAACAGUUCUAAAGCUGAUCUGUCUAUCGGACCUCAAAUGGUGCUGUUUUUUCUAUGUUUUUAUCCUCAUACGGCUAUGUUUUAUUCAGGUGUGUCAACCGCUACUAUCCCCCUCAGCUAAUCAAAUUCUAAGCCAAAAUAUUUCGCAAAAUGAUAACCCUCCUGCUUUUGCUGUAUCGACUAUAUGCUAUCCAUCCAAAUAUUGUAGAUAGUGAGUAUAUUCUCAGCUGUGAGUUUCAGAGUACCUCAGAACUUGCUGAUUUUCAAUGGAUGCAUCUGCUUCUAGCACCUGUUGUGUACCAAUACUACAUCGUUGUAUUUUCAGAAAUAUGCAUUUUUACUGGUUAGAUCAGGUUUCACUAUACAUGAUUAUUAGAUUACCGACCGAUACAUCUAAAGGAUACCACUGUUCACUGGUCGUUUGCCAGGUUGUCAUAAUAGGAAAUCUCAGUUGGACUGUUGCAGUAGAAGAAGUCCUCAGCAAAACCUUGUUCUGUUUGAGUCAAUGUGAAGUGUGUUUUACAGAAACCGGAUUCCAUUGGUGGUUGGUCGACUAGGGUUAGGGUUAGAAAGUACAAGUAAUGCACAAACUGUAGCCCUGUCUUGUUAAAAAAACGUGUUAAAAACCAUAAAUAUGUGUAAAAACAUUCUAGAGAUCAUAGAAAGUCUUCAUGGUACAUUCAUGGAGACUGUUUUGAGGAUUUUCAGCCUCUCAUUUGGGAAUUAUUGGUUGUAUUUAGUAAACAUUUGUAUAUUUUGUUAUUCCCAGUGUUAGAAACGGACUUUUGUGGAGCAAUUUGUCCAUGAUUGGCUUACUAAAUUGUCCAAAUAGUGCAUUAUAUUGUCUUUUACCCUGUGCAGUGACACCAAUGGAAUCCUUUCUGCGCCAAAGUGUUGUCUGGGGUUGGUUUGCUCUAGCUGUGCGUAUGUGUAUGUGUUCUCUUUCUUUUCUUUUUCACGUUGACCAUGUCUGUGAACAUGUAAUGUGCUGGGCAACUCCUCUCUACUGUGAGCAGUGUGUGUGUGUGUGUGUGUGUGUGUGUGUGUGUGUGUGUGUGUGUGUGUGUGUG